AUUAUAAUGUUGACCAAUGACCAAGUUGUUUAUUCAGACAGUCAUAGCUAUGCCGUUCACAUUUUCUUGUUGCAUAAUAAACUUCCAAUUUUGAGACUUUUUCUUCACACCCUUUUGCUUCCUCUGCUGUUUUUUCCUUGUUUUGUCUAACAACAACAACAACAACAACAACAACAACAACAACAACAACCUUAUUUCAUGGGAAGUUCUUGUACAAAACCAGUUGCUCAUGUUUCUUCAUCAAACAUUUCUGGAAGUAAGAAGCCUGAAAGCACAGCAAAGCGGUAUUCAAAUUCUUCCGAACAAAGAGCUUCUUUCCAAACUUCACAGGAAAAUGUGGAAAAUUCGAUCUCCAGUAAACUUAAGUCCUUCAGCUUGAAUGAUAUGAAGGAGGCUACUAAGAACUUUCGCCGAGAAAAUAUAAUCGGAGAGGGAGGGUUUGGGCGUAUCUUCAAGGGAUGGAUUGAUGAAAACACAUUUGCUCCCACAAAACCAGGGACUGGAAUUGUAGUGGCCAUUAAGAAUCUCAAACCAGAAAGCUUUCAAGGCCACAAAGAAUGGCUGGCAGAAGUAAAUUAUCUAGGGCAGCUUCACCAUGAAAAUCUCGUGAAACUCAUUGGUUUUUGCUUACAAGGAAAAAACAGGCUUCUAGUUUAUGAGUUCAUGCAAAAAGGAAGUUUGGAAAAUCACUUAUUCAGAAAAAAUGUUCAACCUAUUCCCUGGCCUACACGUAUCAACAUAGCUGUUGGUAUUGCAAAAGGAUUAACAUUCUUACAUUCCUUGAAUGCAAAUGUUAUCUUUCGUGAUUUAAAGGCGUCUAAUAUCCUACUUGAUUCGGAUUUCAAUGCAAAGCUUUCGGAUUUUGGAUUGGCAAGAGAUGGUCCUACCGGAGAUAAUACUCAUGUUUCAACUAGAGUCAUCGGAACUCAAGGUUAUGCUGCUCCAGAGUAUGUUGCUACAGGUCAUUUGACACCAAGGAGUGAUGUAUACAGCUUUGGCGUUGUCUUGUUAGAAUUACUAACAGGAAAGCGUGCGGUAGAGGACACCAGACCUGGACUUUCUGAAGAAACUCUUGUGGAUUGGGCAAUGCCUUUCUUGAGUGAUUCCAGAAGAGUUUUGAGAAUCAUGGAUACAAGAUUAGGUGGUCAAUACUCUAAGAAAGGAGCACAAGCUACAGCUGCACUUGCAUUGCAAUGCCUAAACACGGAUCCUAAAUUUAGACCACCAAUGGCAGAAGUUCUUGCAACAUUGCAAGGACUUCAAUCAUCUAAUUCAUUCCAAAGAACACCAAAACAUGGAAAUGAGAAUUCUGCAAUCAAACAUUCUUCUCAUUCCGUAAGGUGAAAUGGAAGGAUUACAAACAAGUAUGAGCUGCUUUAUGUAGCACCGACACAGAAGGCGUGUCAUGUCUAGUGUCUGACAUGUGUCAGUACACCAACAGAUAUGGUUACAUUCAAAUAUUUCAUUUUUUCACAUUAUUAAUUAUCGGUGUUGACGUGUGUCGUGUGUCAGGGUCAGUGUCAUGUCUGGUGUCGGUGCUUUAUAGGUUGCUUGUCUUGUUUUGUUUCCACUUUUUGUACACAUGCUUCUACAUCCCUCUAGGAAAAAGAACUGCAGAGUUAUUAUUAUACAAAUAAUAAUGCUUUGUUUUUUCAUUUCUGUUCCUGAGAGAGUGAUUACCAUUUGUGUGGAUUAUUCAUUUUGUAAGUAUUACUUUGUGGAAGCAUAGCAGUUAUAGGUUCUUCUUACAUUGUUUGAUUCUUUUGUGCUUUUAAAAUCUGCACUGUUGUAUAAUAUCAGCAAUUGUGUGAGAAUGAUUUCUUUCCUUUGUUA